UCGGAGAGACUAUAACACCUCAUACACUCAUCACAGUCGAGCUUUCCACCGCAUAAACGCAGACGGGAGACAAGCAAAACGCUUCACUGGUCUCUUAUCUUACACAGUGAACAAGUGUUCCUUCUCUGUGUGUCUACUUUAGCCUGAGGACACACAGGUUGUUUACUAGCGAGGUCGGUAACGCGCCUGCGUGCCCGCGGUUUUUAUUAUACAGGUGCGCUCGGCACAGCCCACACCAGGACAGUUCGCAGGUACAAGGUCGAGUCUUCUCGUGAAUAUCGAAAGUAACAGAAAAUCGAGGAGCAGCAGGAUGGUAUAAGAGAGACAAAAGAGGGCAAAGUCAAAAUGGAGGAUUUUUUCAAAAAGGUGGGGGAGGUGAGAAGCCUCAUUGAAAAUAUAUCCUGUAAAGCACAGGAGGUGGAGAGAAGACAAGGCGCCAUCCUCUCCUCUCCAAAUCAAGACAGGAGAAAUAAAGAGGAACUGGAGCUGCUAAACAGUGAGGUCAAGAAGAAUGCAAACUUGGUCCGAGCCAAGUUAAACUCAAUGCAGGAGAACAUGUCUGUGGAUGAGAACAGUAAAAGUGACUCAGUAAUCCAGCGUAUUCAAAAGAACCAGCACUCACAUCUGACUCGUUGGUUUGCUGAAGUCAUGAGGGGCUACCAUACAGCACAAAUCUCCUUCAGAGAGAAAUGCAAGGCUCAAAUUCAGAGACAACUGGAGAUUGUGGAUAAAGCGACUACAGAUGAGGAGUUGGAGGAGAUGUUGCACCAUGACAAUCUUGCCAUCUUCAUAUCAGAUAUCAACUCCAAUGCUCAGAUUUCAAGCCAGGCUCUGAGUGAGAUUGAAUCUCGUCAUCAGGAUAUCAUCAGCCUCGAGUCCAGCAUCAAGCAACUGCAUGACAUAUUCACUGACACCGCCAUGCUGCUGGAGAUCCAAGGGGAGUUGAUCAACAACAUAGAAAAGAACGUGACGAGUGCUGCAGAGUAUGUAUGUACAUCCAAAGAAGAAAUCAGUAAAGCCGUUACAUACAAGAAAAAUCCAUACAAGAUAGCGUCUCUCCCAGGAAUCUUCAAGCCCUUCAAGAGACAGAGUGCUGCUAAAAAUGUUACUGAUCAAAACACCUCAGAUGUAAACCAGAGCUGAGCUCCUGGUCAUGUUUGAACAUUAAUCGCAUCAAACAACUUGGAUCAAUAUCAGUGCCUCUGCCUGGUGGAAAACAUUUCUCUCCUGAAUUUUGGUACAGUUCAGUGUCUGCCUGCUGGCUCAGACACCUUCUUUCCAAAGGAUGAUGAUGAAUUUAUUUUUAAUUUAAAUGUUGAAUUUUAACCACUAUCAUAAUUACCUGUCAAAUGAAAGUGAGACUGUGGACAAGCCUUGCAAGCCAACUUGUAAAACCUACCUGUGGGUAGUUACUGUAAAAGGAUGUGUCAAAAAAAGACAAAUUUUGUCUGUCACAGAAACAAAAUUCUUAUUUUAACUUGUUUGUCAAUGUUUACUGACAUACAAACCUAAGACUAAAACUUUUUAUUAGUGGAGUGAAAUUAGGUAAAACAAUUUUUUAACCCACUCACUCACACUUACCUGGUGUUACUGUUAGUGGCCAGUAGGUGGCAUGCAAGUCUGAACCAGGAGCAUUAACUUCACUUCCUCCCUGCUGUCCUGCUGUACUCUGUUCUGCUGUUUGUGUCUGAUACCAUGUGUUUUUGUAAUGAUUGUAAUUUAAUAUGUUGUUGUCUAUUGCUCAGAAAGAAUUGCCAUGUCAUGUUAUGGUGAUAAACCGUAAGACCAUGCCAAUCCUGAAAUAAAUAUGCAAUUU